AUGCAUUUCUCUGCUACCGCGAAAAGCUUCGGCUUGCUCACACUGGCUCUCACUCUUCCUGUUGCUGCCCAGAGCACCUUUGAUCUGUUUGCUUAUGGCACCGAUGGAGGAAUCAGUGCCGCCUCGCUGUUCUAUGAGAAUGGCCAUAUCAUGGUGUCCAACCUCACAACCCCCGUUAACCUGACCUCUGUUUACUUCACCAGACAAAGCAACGGCCCGUCAGCGUGGACUGUCCAACCCAACAAGACUGCCAACUCGAAUGCUUCUUUCACCCCUGGCUACGUCGGUCUCAAAGCUUCUACCAACUGCAGCCUGGUCAAAGUUAGCAACGCGACCGACGACGCUCUCGACUUGGUGCUCUUUGGUCAAAGCGUUUUUGCCCGCAUCGGCGACAAGAUGCGGAACCCGUUUUACGGCAUCCCCACAAGCACGACUGGCAUCUGGCAGCUCGUAUGGAGCCCAGAAAACACGCACGCGGACCAGCUGGAGCCUGUCAUUUUACGACUCAUGAGGCCGCCGCGGCCCGAUGGCAGGAACUAA